AGCAAAUGAUUUGAAAUUUCAGAAUGACCGAGGAUUACCUGAAGAAACAAUGCAAGCUGCAAAAGCUCUAUCAGACACCGCACUUGAAUGACGUACUCUAUCUGCAUUACAAAGGUUUCUCUUUCAUCGAGAAUCUAGAAAAGUACACGGGUUUGAAGUGUUUGUGGUUGCAGAACAACGGGAUCCGCGAGAUUGCCAAUGUGGAAAAUCAAAGCGAAUUAAGGUGUCUGUACCUUCAGAACAAUCUGAUCGGCAAAAUCGAGAAUCUUGAUUAUCAGACGAAGCUCGACACCCUGAAUCUCUCUCACAACACUAUAAGGAGGAUCGAGAAUCUCGAUAGCCUCAAGUUCCUGAAUACUCUAAACCUGUCGCACAACUACCUACAAGACACCGCUGACAUUGAACAUCUCCGAUUGCUGGACAGUCUCUCGGUACUGGAUAUUUCUCACAACAGGAUAGACACCGAGCAAGUUGUUAAUAUUCUAGGGGACAUGAAGGAAUUACGAGUAGUACGUCUGGUAGGCAAUCCAGUUUUGAAGAUGAUCAAGCUGUAUCGCAAGACCAUGAUCCUAAAAUGCAAGAAUCUGAGGUACCUCGACGACAGACCAGUGUUUCCGAAAGAUCGCGCGUGCGCCGAAGCAUGGUAAAUUACAAUCAAUCUCUUUGAGCCUAUUUGGAAGCACGAUAGGUUUUAAUUAACGAAACUGUCGCGAAGACAGGAUGCGAGGAGGGCCCGAGGAAGAAGCUGCUGAAAGGAAACGCUGGAACGACGCGGAGCAGAAGAAAAUCAAUGACAGCGUACAAGGUGUGUAAAAAUCGAAAGGUGAAAAAUACGAAACGAUCGACUCUUGAAUCGCGUUUUACCAGUUUCGACUUUAACACUAAAACUACCAAAACGGUCAAAUGACCGCUCCACAACUUUCCAACUAUAAGUUACACAAUUUGUUAAGCUGUUCUUCUUGAAAUCUGCGUUGAUUUUCAUCAAGAUAGACAACUUCAUUUUAAUGCCAAAUGAAGUACAUGUUAUACGCCGAUAGGUUCAGUGUUAAGAACCGGCCAUUUUGUACGAACAUCGAUGAAAUACGGUCAUGUAGUGACUUUCAUCGAAGCUUAUGCUUCGAAUUGUUGGGACGCGAGUACCAUUUUGGGGUACUUUUCGUCAAAUCGUAUCGGAUGUUCGGUAGGCGAGCUUCUAAUGGAAUCCACUUACUUUAGCAAUCUCGAAGAAGCGAACGAAUGAUUACCAAAAUGGUUUGAAGAAGUAAAAAAUAACCGGUAGACUAGUCAAAGCUUCGAGCAUAGUAUUUAUUUCCGUCCAUAAUCGUUCGGAGUCGAUGUUUGAAGCGUCUGCUUAGAAAAUUGCAAACCGAUCUAAUCUGUUAUCCGUUCAAUCGAUCGCUAAUUACCUGCGGACCUGCGCCCGCCCUCGAAAGCCCUGAUAAACAAAAGGAAGCUGUACAAACCGGUCGGGACGUCCGAAAAGGAGGCGGAGGAUAAGAAGAAGACGAAGGAGGACGAAGAAGAAGUAGCUGCCACGAGCAAGCUCGUGUGCACGAGCAACGAACUGGUAAGAACUAGUUUUGUCAAGGUCUGGUACAGAAUUCGUGCUUCGAAUAAUAUCACCCAUCGGUCCCAUCCACUAUUUGAUCAUUCACCACGCGAUACCCCCCGUUGAUGUUGUUCUUCUCGAUCCAACGUUCAAGCUCCAGCUGGAGAGGAAGAAAAAGUCAGGUGUCUCAUCC